AUGAACAAACCAGAGGCUGAUCCGACAAAAAUAAUGGAUAAAGAAACCCUCACCACUGAGAGUGAAGAGAUGGUGGAGGACCAAGAGAACUAUGGAGAAGGAGACACAGUAGAUGCAAAGCCUGACCGCAAAGGGAGAUUUUUGCUUUUUGGCAGUAAAAAUAAGGAUGGCAGUUUGCAGGAAAAAGAGCAAUCUUCUGAAAGCCAUUACAGGAUUGUUUCACCAACAUUCCAGUAUAAGAUGAGCCACCAGCGCGUUGGCAAGUGCAUCAUCAUCAACAACAAGAACUUUGAUGAAAAAACAGGGAUGAAUGUACGCUCUGGCACUGAUCGCGAUGCUGAAGAGCUGUCCAAGUGCUUUAAAAACUUGGGCUUUGACGUUUUCAUCUACGAUGACCAGACCUGCAGGAACAUGGAGCGGCUACUUAAACGAGUUUCAGAAGAGGACCACAGCGACAGCUCCUGCUUCGCCUGCAUCUUGCUAAGCCACGGCGAGGAGGGCAUGAUUUACGGCACGGACGGAGCAAUGCCCAUCAGGAGCAUGACCUCGCUCUUCAAAGGAGACAUGUGCAAGAGCCUCGUGGGCAAGCCCAAGCUCUUUUUCAUCCAGGCUUGUCGGGGUUCCGAGUUUGAUGAUGGUGUACAAACAGACUCAGGACCGCCCAAUGACACGAUAGAGACAGAUGCCAAUCCAAGACACAAGAUUCCGGUAGAGGCAGACUUCCUGUUUGCUUAUUCAACUGUGCCAGGUUACUACUCCUGGAGGAAUCCGGGCCGAGGCUCCUGGUUUGUCCAGGCCCUCUGUAACAUUCUUAAUGAGUUUGGCAAGCAACUUGAGAUCAUGCAGAUCCUCACUCGGGUCAACUACAUGGUGGCCACCAACUUCGAGUCCUGGUCAGAGGACCCCCGUUUUAGUGAGAAGAAACAGAUACCUUGUGUGGUGUCCAUGUUGACUAAAGAGCUCUACUUCAACUGAUCUGAGCAGACCAACUUCACAUGCUCUGCUCCAUCUGCCUUUUCACAGCACACACAUUUUCUUGCCAAGGACUUUUAAUUUUGUUAUCUUUUAACAACAAAUAUUAACCACAUUUUUUGUCAUUGAUCUGCCAUAAGGAAGGAAAUCUCAGUCUAAUUCUUUCGGGAUAGCAGACAGGAAAGACACAUGACAUGUACACCGACUGACUUCAUUUGACCAUGCGGUCACAACAUUUGUUUGCGAAUGCAACUUUUUAUGUUACGCUGGACAUAUGGACAUCAAAACGGUCUUCUAUUGUGCUGCUUCCUGUUCAGAUCCACAGCUUUUUCAGCGAAUGUUCUUCAACUUUCUCAGAGUAUUCCGGGGAAUAGUGAUGUCACUUUAUCCACUGGCAGUGUCAGAUAUCCAUGUUGCUUUGCCAACUUUGAAAGUUCUCUGCCACUUUUACUUUACUAGAUAAAAAAUAUUUGUAAAAAAAAUAAUAAUAAUAAUAAUUGAAAAAAGACAUCCAAUACCACACAAAACCUUUGCUAUUGUUCUGUUAUAUUUAUAGUACUAGCAAUCCAAGCAUAAAUUCUAAGCACAUAAAUGGCCAUCUGUAGCAAUCUGUUUGGGUUGGUUUUGGUUUGGUUAUUCCAGAAUGCUUUUCAGAGGAGGUCAAAGAAAGGGCAUGAAUGGAAAUGGAGUGGCAAAUAGUGAAGUAAUGCUGACACGUGCACGUUUUUAAAAGCUUUUCAUUCGUGCUGGUCGCUGGUUAGUUAGCGUUCACUGGAAAACUGAAAUCAGAUCAGCAUUCAUCCUGUGUAUUUUGAGCACAUUUUAGUAGCUUCAUAAAGUAUUUACUGAUGUUUUGUACUGAAUCUGUCUAUAAUCCACAGAGGCAGCUAUUGUUUUACUGGUAACCAUUUUAACCAUUUAUCACCCAACUGACCUAAUGUGCUGUUUCAAGCUUGAUGGAGGCUUCUGAUGCUUUCAGAGCUCGUUGUCUUUGGUUUCAUCCAACAGUUUUUCAUUUUCCUUAUGUUCUUUCUUAUUGUUCGUCCAGAUCACACACUUGAAUCUGCCAGCCUGUGAACCAUCUGACCACCUCAAAUUAAAGAAAAGCUUUUCUUUAUGCAUGGAUUACUAAUGAAGUGCUCCAACUAUACUGUAGGAAGUGCUAGCUCCACUUGUGUUUUUAAAUUUAAAUGCUUUACUGUGAUAAUAGAAAUGUUUUUUUGCACAAAUGCCCUGAAAAAAUGUUUAAGAUUGUGUAAACAUUACAUUGUAUAAAGUGGGGCUGAUUUUUGUUCAAAUGACUUUAAUUCAAAUGAAUGCCUGUGUAAGCCUUAUUUUAGUGUAUUAAAAGACUUUAUUG